UUAGAUGAGAAAUUAAAACAGUUACCUGAAACUAUCUCCAGCUUUGUUGAACAUGCUAUCACAAGAGUGGAAUUAGAUUGUGGAUUACACCUAACAAGAAUUGUACUCGGUUUUCUGACGUGUUCUAAAUAUCCACUAUCAACAGAUGAACUACAUAAUUUAAUCGACAAUUGGUUAUAUGAAUCAAUAGUGGAACAAACAUUUGAAGAUAGUGAUAUUGUUGAUAAUGAAGGAAAAUGCACUGCUUAUUUAGAUCCUUGGAAAGAGUUAAAAGUGCCAAAUGAUGAUGCAUCAGUACACCUUAAUGAUAUGAUUUCAAAUGAAAGUAUUAUACAGGAAGUAAUCUCUGAUCCAUAUUUAAUCGAAAAGCUUAAAUACAAAUGUUUUUCGGCACAACCUCAUUUACCAUCGCUUGCCUUACAUAUUUUGCUAACUGGUCUACAUCCACUACUGUCAGGUUUCAGCAGUGAAGAAAACCUUACUAAUAUGGAUGAUGAUGAUAAUGAAGGAGGUGAAAAUUCAAGGGAGACAAUACCCAAACAAAAUCUUAAUAUAUGGAAUCUUGGAUCAAGGGCUAUAUCUUUCAGAAGUCGUGAAAUAUGUGAUCUAGUCUAUGAUGUUUGUUUUAAACGAUCGAAUGAUACAUCAAAACAUAAACAACUUGGAUAUCACAAGAAUCUGACUAAAUCUAAAAUGUCAGAAAGUGACAGCAAUAAUAAUACUAGUGUAAAGAAAGUAACACUCAAUACAAUACAUCGUAUUUUAGCCAACAGACUUUCAAAUACUAAGGAUAUGGUUUACCACUUG